UGCCUGGGCCCCCCGCCCCGCAGAUCUCCGAGCCCCGUGUCCCCGCCGGGCCCCUGGGCCCCCCGCCCCGCAGAUCCCCGAGCCGCUGAGCCCCAUGUCCCUGCCGGGCCCCUGGGCCCCCAGAGCCGCUGAGCCCCGUGUCCCCGCCGGGCCCCUGGGCCCCCGCCCCGCAGAUCCCCGAGCCGCUGAGCCCCGUGUCCCCGCCGGGCCUCUGGGCCCCCGCCCCGCAGAUCCCCGAGCCGCUGAGCCCCGUGUCCCCGCCGGGCCCCUGGGCCCCCCGCCCCGCAGAUCCCCGAGCCGCUGAGCCCCGUGUCCCCGCCGGGCCCCUGGGCCCCCCGCCCCGCAGAUCCCCGAGCCGCUGAGCCCCGUGUCCCCGCCAGGCCCCUGGGCCGCCGCCCCGUGCCCGCGAGAUCCCCUGGCCGCUGAGCCCCGUGUCCCCGCCGGGCCCCUGGGCCCCCCGCCCCGCAGAUCCCCAAGCCGCUGAGCCCUGUGUCCCCGCAGGACCCCUCAGCCGCCCCGCGCCCGGGAGAUCCCCGAGCCGCUGAGCCCCGUGUCCCCGCAGGGCCGCUCUGGGCCCGCCGCCAGCCCUGUGGCCCUGCAGCGCUAGAUCGGCUCCGGUCAUGGGAGUGGUUGUGUCGAGCAGGCUCUAGACCCUGCUGCCCCUCGGUGGUUUUACACUGGUCUCUCUAGAGUUUCUUCCACGUUUCUGUGGCCCCUCUACCUCCGCUGGAGGGAGUGGGGACUCGAGGGGAUAUGUGAGCGUGACGGGGACGGUCAUGCUCCCACUCCCGCUUUCCAGCCGUGACAGCAGGAUGGUGCUGCCUGGAUGGACGCAGGGCAGAGCGGGACUCUGUGGCCCAAUUGCCACCGUGAUGGUCUGUGCAGCGCUGAUACAGAUCACUUCUUCGCAUGAGGAUCUGCACCACGGCCACAGCCACGCCGGGCACAGCCACGAGGAUCUGCACCACGGCCACAGCCACGCCGGGCACAGCCACGAGGAUCUGCACCACGGCCACAGCCACGCCGGCCACAGCCACGAGGAUCUGCACCACGGCCACAGCCAUGAGGAUCUGUACCACGGCCACAGCCACGCCGGGCACAGCCACGAGGAUCUGCGCCAUGGCCACAGCCAUGCUGAUCACAGCCACUCGCACGAGGACUUCCACGGCCAUGGUCAUUCACACGAGGACUUUCAUGGCCAUGGGCAUUCACACGAGGACUUCCACGGCCCCAGCCAGGCUGACUUUAGCCACCAGCCCGAGGAGGUCCAUGUUGUGCACUCGGCUGAGGGGUCCCCGAGCCACCAGCAGUUGCCUGGGAAGGAGAGGCAGGACUUGGUCAAGCUGUGGACACACUCUCUCUCCUCCCCCCUUCCCCCAACCUCUGCAGGCCAUCGGAGCCACCUUGCUGAUCAGUGCUGCCCCCUACUUCAUCCUCUUUCUCAUCCCCGUGGAGUCAAACACUUCCCAGCACCAGGCCCUGCUCAGGCUGCUGCUCAGCUUUGCCUCGGGGGGACUCCUGGGGGACGCCUUCCUGCACCUCAUCCCCCACGCGCUGGUGCCCCAUUCCCACCACGUGGAGGGCGGCCAUGCCCAUUCUCACUCCCCCACGGUGUCGCCUGGCCAUGGUCACUCCCACCAAGGGCAGGAUCACCAGCGGAUGAUGGCUGUGGGGCUCUGGGUGCUGGCUGGCAUCGUAGCCUUCCUGGUGGUGGAGAAGUUUGUGAGGCACAUGAAAGGGGGACAUGGCCACGGGCACAGCCACGGCGGGCACAGCCAUGCUCCCAAGGCGAAGAGCAGCUCUGGUGAGGAGGACAACGGGCCCCAGGAGAGGAAGGCUGGCAAGGUGCGUGCCCCUGACAAGGCAGCCGCCAAGAAGAGGGGCCAGGAGUUAGAGGAGCGGACUCAGGAAUCCACAAUGAAGGUCUCAGGGUACCUGAACCUGGCGGCUGACCUGACGCACAACUUCACGGACGGGCUGGCGAUCGGGGCGUCGUUCCUGGCGGGGGCCGGUGUGGGGGCCGUCACCACCCUCACCGUGCUGCUGCAUGAGGUGCCCCAUGAAGUGGGCGACUUCGCCAUUCUCGUCCAGUCGGGCUGCAGCAAGCGCAAGGCGAUGAAGCUGCAGCUGCUGACAGCGCUGGGCGCCCUGGCAGGCACGGCCUGCUCACUGCUGGCCGAGGGCAUCGGAGAGGCGGCCACAGCCUGGAUCCUGCCCUUCACGGCGGGCGGGUUCAUCUACGUGGGCACUGUCUCGGUGAUCCCGGAGCUGCUGCGGGACGCAGCGCCCCUGCAGUCCCUGCUGGAGGUGCUGGGUCUGGUCUGCGGCGUCGCCAUGAUGGUGCUCAUCGCGCAGUACGAGUAGCAGGCCCCAGCGGGGGGCGCCUGGGGGGGGGCGGUGCCGUGUGGACCCAGGCGUCCGGGAUGGGACUCCAUUUGGACUCCUGGGGCAGGGGGUGUGGUGGACCCUGGCAUCCGGGACACAGGGGGGA